GUCUUCUUAGUUUCCAGUCUGCCAAUAUCGCUUCACAUCACUACUCACUACUACCGCUACCGCUACCAUCUCCUCUUUUCGAGCUUUCCUUGUUUCCUUCCAAACCUCCGCUUUCAUCUCUCUUUACGACUGUAACUACUCAACUUCGUGUUUUUCUUUUUCGGUUUCUGGGUGUUUUUUCUUUUCUGUUUGCAAGAGCAACAAUGGCAACUCCAAAACAACACAUAGAGCACAUAAGGAAAACUACAUUCUCAAUAGGAGGAGAAAAGAACCCUUUGGCUCCUAUGCUUGAUCAGGCUGUCAAGUAUCUUUCUGCUGAACUCUACGCUAAAGAUGUCCACUUUCUUAUGGAACUCAUUCAGAAUGCUGAAGAUAAUGAAUACUUGGAAGGGGUGGAUCCUUCACUUGAGUUUGUCAUAACAUCUCGAGAUAUAACAAACACUGGUGCGCCUGCUACUUUGCUCAUCUUCAAUAAUGAGAAGGGUUUUUCUGCCAAAAAUAUCGAGUCCAUUUGCAAUGUUGGAAAUUCCACUAAGAAAGGGAACCGGAAGCGUGGCUAUAUUGGGGAGAAAGGAAUUGGCUUCAAGAGUGUGUUUCUUAUAGCUGCUCAGCCUUGCAUAUUCAGCAAUGGCUAUCAGAUACGAUUCAAUGAAAAGCCCUGUCCACACUGCAAUCUUGGAUACAUAGUCCCUGAAUGGAUUUAUGGUUCCGCUUCUACCCUCCCAACUACUACACUGAUUUUGCCUUUGAAGCCUGACAAGGUCAACCCCGUGAAGAAGCAGCUGUCGAGUAUUCAUCCUGAAAUCCUGCUGUUCCUUUCAAAGAUAAAAUGCCUUUCUGUCAGGGAAGAAAAUGAGGAUCCCAGGCUCAACACUGUUAGUGCAGUAGCUAUUACCAAAGAGACAAAUUUCGUGCAAAGGAAAAACAUUGAUGCCGAGUCCUACACACUCCAUCUGUCUGCAGAGGAAAACAGUAAUAAAUUUGAAAAAGAAUGCAGCUACUACUUGUGGAAGCAGAAAUUUCCUGUCAGGCAGGAAAACAAAGUCGACAUGAGAAUGGAAGUGGAGGAUUGGGUGAUCACUUUGGCUCUUCCUAAUGGAGAGCGGCUCCAUAGGGGAAUGGAGUACUCCCCUGGAAUAUAUGCAUUUCUUCCAACUGAGAUGGUGACCAACUUUCCUUUCAUAAUUCAAGCAGAUUUUAUUCUAGCAUCAUCAAGGGAAACAAUACGAUGGGACAACAUAUGGAACCAGGGAAUUCUUGAUUGUGUUCCCUUUGCUUUUAUCGAAGCAUUUGUCUCAUUAGUCAAAACAGUGCAUGGUGCACCAGCAUCUAGUUUGCCUCGAAUGUUCAAGUUCUUGCCGGUCCAUAGCUCCCCCUUUGAAAAGUUGAAUUCAGUGAGGGAAUCAAUUAAAGCAAAGCUGGCUGAAAAGGAUAUCAUUCCAAUUGGCCGAUUAAUGCCUGUUUUCUGGAAUAUACUGAAGAAGACAAGGGAGCAAGGAGUGAGCUUGCACAAACUUUCAUCCCAUGGUUGCUAUGUUCUGAAUUCCUCAUUUGAUAAGCCAGAGUAUGAUGACAUACUGGUUUUCUUGGGGGUUAGACCCGUAAGCAGCGAGUGGUAUGUAAAGUGCAUUCAAGGCUCUAAUAUUGUAAUGGGGGUCUCAGAGGAAACAUACCUGGAGCUUCUUCAUUUCCUUGCUGUUAAUUGGCAGUCCGAGUUUCACAGCACAGGAAUGGGGAACAUUCCACUAAUUAAAUAUGUGGGUACCGAUGGGAGGGUGUCUUUGUGCUCUGUCAAUGAAUCUGCUCAACGGUAUGGUAAAACUGUGUGCCUAUCACAGAAGUCUUCUCGUGUCUCAUGGUUGAUUGAUUGGAACAGCGAGUUCCGAUGCAUGGCAAAUCUUUUUUUUAUGCCAAGAACCACACAAGAAGCUAUCUGUUCAUCAUCUAACAAGGAACUGGUGUUAAAAUGGCUUGUAGACCUAGUUAAAAUUGAAGAUUUAAGCGUAUAUGAUUAUGCAGUUCGCUAUGGAGAUCAAGUCAGUUGUGACCGGAAACUUGUCAUUGCCUAUGCUCACUUCUUACAUCACUCAUUCUUAAAUGACUAUCUAUCGGAAAGGGAAGUUGUUUCUUUGUGUGGUAAGAUGCCACUUGUUGAUAGCUAUGGCAAUGUGAUCAAAGCAAGGAAUGCGGUUCUAGUCCCAGCUAAUGAAAGCAAAUGGGUGCAAUUGAUUGGUUCUAAUCCUUGGAGUGGAGAAAGCUAUGUUGAGUUAGAAGAAGACUACUUGCAUCCUGCAUGUUUUGCUGGCACAAGCACGGUGGGAAACCAAUUCAUGAAUUUCCUUAAAUUUUAUGUUAAGGCUUCUGAUAUUCCUCACAUAUCUCCCCCCAAUGCUGGAAUACCUACUGCGUCAACACCACUUACUAAACAAAAUGCAUUUCUGCUGUUGGAUUGGAUUCGUGAGCUGAAACGGAGGGGAAUUCACAUUCCAGCAAGGUUCAUGGCUUGCAUACAGGAGGGUAGCUGGCUGAAAAUUACAAUGAAUGGCUCUCCUGGUUACAAACCACCAUCACAGUCGUUCCUACUUGCUUCGGGCAACAGAAGCUCAAAGUGGGGAAACAUUUUGCAGGGUGCAUCUGUGCUUGUUGAUAUUCCUUUGAUAGAUCAGGGUUUUUAUGGUCAUAAAAUUACAGAGUAUAGAGAGGAGCUACGGGCAGUUGGGGUCAUGUUUGAGUAUGGAGAGGCAUGCAAAUUUAUCGGGAACCAUCUCAUGUCUUUGGCAGCUUCAUCCGCUUUAACUAAAAGUAAUGUUAUCUCCAUACUGGAUUUCAUCAAAUUUUUGAGGCAGAAUUUUCUUUCUCUAGAUGAAUUCAUUGGCAGAAUUAAAGAAGAAAGGUGGCUAAGGACAUGUUGGGGUGAUAGGUCUCCGGUUGGAUCUGUUCUAUAUGAUCAGGAGUGGACAACUGCGAGGCAAAUUAGUGACAUCCCUUUCAUUGAUGAAGAUUACUAUGGCGAGCACAUCCUUUUUUUCAAACCAGAACUCCAGUUGCUUGGCGUUGUAGUUGGCUUCAAUGGAAGUUAUCAAUUGGUUGUUGAUUGCUUUAAAGCGCCUUCAAGCUUAUCUACUCUGACAAAGGAGGCCUUUCUUCUGGUUUUGGAUUGCAUGUCUCGUUCUACUUCUGCUCACAAACUAGUUAAUGCAGUGAAAAGUACAAAAUGCUUAAAGACAAACUUAGGUUACAAACAUCCUGGCGACUGUUUCUUGUUUCAUCCUGAAUGGGGUUGUCUUCUAAAGGUUUUUGGUGGUUUCCCGUUGGUUGAUAGUAAUUUCUAUGGAAGCAGCAUCAUCUCUCACAAUACGGAGUUGAAGGAGCUGGGAGUAAAGGUAGACUUUGAGGAUGCUGUCAGAGUGUUUGUUCACACUUUUAUGAAGCAGGCAUCUUUGUCUUCCAUUACAAAGGAAAAUGUGUUUUCAUUCAUAUCAUGCUACAGAAAACUGAAGGGAACUCCAAACAAAUUUCCUUCCGAUCUUAAGAAGUGCAUCCGCGAGGUGAAAUGGCUGCGGACUCGGCUUGGUGAUUAUAGAUCUCCAAGGGAUUGUAUUCUGUUCGGUCCCGAGUGGGAGUUGAUUUAUCCAAUCACUCGCCUUCCGUUUAUCGAUGACAGCGACAAAUACUAUGGGAAUGGCAUUCAUGAGUAUCGAAAGGAGCUGAAGAGUAUGGGGGUCGUUGUUGAAUUUAAAGCCGGUGUGAAGUUUGUGGCUGCUGGUCUUUGCUUUCCUCAAAAACCACGUGACAUAGCUCCCGGGAAUGUGCUUUCAUUACUGGAAUGCAUCCGUGCUUUACUGCAAGAAAAGGACUACUCCUUUCCCGAUGCUUUUCUGAAAAAUAUUUCUCGUGGAUGGUUAAAGACCCAUGCUGGCUUCAGGUCUCCGGGUAACUGCUGUUUGUUCAAUUCCCAGUGGGGUUCCCACUUGAGGCCUACUGAUGGACCAUUCAUUGAUGAAGAUUUUUAUGGUUGUGACAUCAAAUUGUAUUCAAAAGAGCUGAGUGCAAUAGGAGUUGAUAAAGAAAAGGUUUGCUCAUUGCUUGCCAUUCAUCUUGAUUCCCAUUCUGAAUUGGACACUAUAGCUCGAGUAUAUGAUUUUCUGAGAGAAAAUAAGUGGAAACCAGAUAGUGAUGCUACCAGAAAGAUUUGGAUUCCAGAUGGAAUUGAGAAUGGAAUGUGGGUUGACCCAGAAGAAUGUGCUCUGCAUGACAAAAAUGGUCUCUUUGGUCUACAGCUGAAUGUAUUGGAGAAUCAUUAUAAGCCAAAAUUACUUCAUUUCUUCUCCAGUUCAUUUAAUGUUAAAUCCAAUCCUUCAUUUGAUGAUUACUGUAAGCUUUGGAAGGUUUGGGAAAGUUUAGGAAGACCAUUGACACAUGCUGAGUGCUGUGCUUUUUGGGAGUGUGUUGUGAUGCAAAGGAGCUCAAGGACAGAGAGAACCCUUGCUGAUGAUUUGGUUAAGCUACCUGUUGUUUCGGGCUCCGGUGAAAUUUUGUUGUCCAGCAAGAGAGAUGUUUUUAUUGCUGAUGACCUUCUACUAAAGGACCUAUUUGAGAAGUUCUCAUCGCGCCCGAUAUUUGUCUGGUGUCCUCAGCCAAGCUUGCCUUCUUUGCCUCGAACUAGGUUGCUUGAAGUCUACAGGAAAAUUGGGGUUCGCACUAUAUCUGAAUCAGUGGUGAAGGAAGAAUUGUCUUUGGCAGAUGGUGUAGAACUUAGUCAGAUGGAUUCGAGGGAUGCUGGGAUUGGAAAGGAGCUGAUUAGACUGAUUCUUGGCUUUCUAGCAGAUCCUUCUCUUGAUAUGGAAGCAACAAAGAGGCAUGGAGCUGUCCAGUGCCUCCUGAAUCUUAAGGUGCUGGAGACUAUGGAGCCAAUUACUGUAAGCUAUAGCUUAUUGCUUUCUGAUGGGGAAGCUCUGAAGGAGGAAGCAAGCCGUAUGAUUCGCUGGGAUAAAGGGUGUUCAAAGUUUUUCACACAGAAGAUGGAUAAAGCUGGCGGGCAGAAAAAUCUUAUUGAAUAUGCAACCUCUUUCUCUGAAGUAAUAGCUCGGGGGGUGUUAUGGGAUAAAGAAGAUCAAAUAAAAGCACUUUCUGAACUGAUCAAGUUGGCUUUCCUCCUGAAUUUUGAUGAACAAGCCGUUCAAUUCUUGAUGAAAUCUAAUAAUCUCCAAACUUUUCUUGAGGACGAGGAGUUCCUUAAUGCUGCCUUCCCUUCUGUUUAGGUGCGUGUGAACCCAUUAAUAGUUACAAGUUCACAACCUUCUGUUUUUGUCCUUAUCUUCUUCCAGCACUAUUUAUCUCAGCAAGUAUUAUUUUGUUAAUAUGUAUGAUGGUCUGAACUAUUGGAUCAAAUAUGUUAGGGAGAUCAGCGGUUAAGCUGAUUCAGUCAGUCUAGUAUCUAGUGGACUUGGGUGGGUGUUUUUCAGCUUUGUUUGCCUUGCAGCUGUAUGCAUGGUCAUUUUGAAUUAUAAAAUGGUGUGUACUUAAAUAUGUUCGAUGGAAGUGUUCUGCCCCUGCCCCUGUGUGCGCGGAACUCAUGCAUGUCCUUAUGCCAUUUUGAUUUAAUUGUUCUACUUGGGAUGA